CUCUGCACACAGAGUCACUAACCACUCCCGAUAUUACGCAAUUGGCGACGCUGAAAAUUUGUCAUCAUCUUCCCUUUUGGGUUGUUUCCUUUUCUUUACAUGCUUACUUUUACGUCAUCUCGCCUGUCCCUUCUCUCCCUUUACUUUCCUUCCACCAUUUCCGCUCCCACUCAGCUCUUGUCCUUAAAGUCUUGGCUUAAUCAUAUGGUUUUUUUUCCUCUUGCACGCAACAAUGUCAUGCAUGCAUUAAAAGGUGUCAACAUGCUUGGUGAUGUUCCUAUGUCUGACCACAGGUAUUCCAUGACAUCGUCUGUCCUUGUGCAUGGUAGUCCGUGAAGGCAUAUGCUGGUUCCACUGUGAUUUGUUG